AGGCACAAGAUGUGGCUGCUCAUUGCAGUCUUGUUCCUCGUACAAGCACCGGCGAGCUCCGAAGGCGCCACCAAGCAGAAGAAGGCUCUGAACCCCGAGGCUCUCAUGAACGUUAGCCAAAUCAUCUGCCACAGAGGGUACCCCAGCGAGGAGUAUGAAGUGCUGACUCGUGAUGGCUACUACAUCCACCUGAACAGAAUUCCUCAUGGAAGAGAAAAGCCUAAGAACAGAGGGGCCAAGCCAGUCGUGUUUCUCCAGCACGGGAUAUUUGGAGAAGGCAGCCACUGGGUGGAAAACCUGGCUAACAACAGCCUUGGCUUCAUACUAGCAGACUCUGGCUAUGAUGUGUGGCUGGCAAACAGCCGGGGGACGAGCUGGUCCCGGAGACACCAGCACCUUUCAGCUGACCAGGUGGAAUUCUGGGAUUUCAGCUUCCACGAGAUGGCAAUGUACGACCUCCCGGCCGCCAUCGACUUUGUGCUGCAGAAAACGGGGCAGAAGCAGCUCCACUACGUUGGCUACUCCCAGGGCUGCUCAAUUGCGUUUAUUGCGUUUUCAUCCCUGCCCGAACUGGCUCAGAAAGUCAAAAUGUUUUUUGCCCUGGCUCCAGUAGUGUCACUCAAGCACACCAGAAGUCCUUUCAUGAAGAUGCAGUUCCUCAUGGACGACAAGAUCAAGAUGAUUCCGCUGCUGCUGGGCAGAACGGACGCGUCCCUGCACAUCAGGAAGCUGUGGCGCUUUCUCCCGGAGCUGUGCAGGCACUCGCUGCUGCACAGGCCCUGUGCCAACCUCCUCUUCCUGCUGGGUGGCUACAACGAGAAGAACCUCAACAUGACACGGCUGGACGUGUACACAUCCCACUAUCCAGAUGGCACCUCUGUCAAAAACGUCAUCCACUGGGCCCAGGUGAUAAAAUCCGGAGAAUUCAAAGCCUUUGACUACGGCAGCGAGAACCCAGCUAGGUACCACCAGGACACACCGCCCUUGUACCGCGUGGAGGAGAUGCCAGUGCCCACGGCGGUGUGGUCGGGAGGGCAGGACUGGGCCGCUGACUGGAGGGACGUGCUGCAGCUGCUGCCCCGCAUCAGCCACCUCGUCACCUACACCCACAUCCCCGACUGGAACCACUGGGACUUCAUCUGGGGCCUGGACGCCCCUGGGCGCCUCUACAGCAGCAUCCUGAAGCUGAUGGAGGGGUCCUGGUAGAGUGGCGGCUCCCGGGGGAGGUGCUGGUGGCCUGGCCCCUGUCCCUCAGCUGAGACAGCCCGAGGAGGGCGUGGGACACUCCCUGCUGUCCCCUCCUUCCUGCUGGCCUGACACGCUUGUGGUGAUGGUGCUUUCUACACGUCCCUUGGUUCUUGGGUCUCUCCUCCUUGCCUGGGAGCUCCUCAAGCACCGGUGGCACCGUGCUGGGAGGGCAGCACCGGGGUCAUCCGAGGCACCGGAGCAGGCAGGAGCCACCGGCCUGCUGGAAGGGCCCCAGCAUGAUGGUGCUGACCCAGGGACACAUGGGGACCCUGCCAUGACCCCCCCAGUGGCUGCCCAGUGAGUUGUGGAUUAGAGCAGCCAGCCUGUGAGGAGGUGGGAGGCAGCUGAGCCUGUUGGGUCUGGCUGUGGGGGGACAGGCUGAGAGCAGCCCGCCAGCCAUGGCACACAAAGGAGUGCAGGGGGUGCAUCAGGCCAAACCCUUCUCGGCAACAGCAACAGGGGUUCUGGCCCCAGACUGCAGCCCAGGGGGUUCAGGUUGGAUUUGGAGAAUCCUUUUUCCCCGAGACAC